CAUUUACAUAAAUGGCAGAAGGUAAAAAUAUUUUAUGCUAGGCUUUAACUAUGGGUUUAUAAGGAAACUUUGACUUUUCGUAUCAAGAAUUCAUGGACUUUUAGGCACUCAGACAUACCAUACGUUCGCAGUUUACAAAGCAAGAUUUACUAAGAAGGAAAGUGUCGUAAGAAAAGAGCUAUCACAGCUCUCAGAGUACAUAGAUAAGCAUAAAAACAACAUAAAGAGAGGAUUUGAUGAAGACAGUGAGGGAUCUGUCCUUCAUAGACAUGCUAAUCAUGUCCAGACCUUGAUAGAUGAGCUUGAUGACUUAAUGACUCAUAUGCAGAAAUUUAGCAAUCCGAAGAAACAUAAGUCGACUAUUUUGAGAUUUAAGAAUAAAGUAUGCGAUAUUCACAGCGAGCAUCGUCGAUAUAUUAAUAUCUAUAAAGACUUGCUGCUCAAGUAUGAUCCUCUUGAGCUAAAGAGAAAAAUGAGUGAUGAUUCAAAAAGUUCAGAGACGAUUAAUAGAAUAAAUGGAUUAAGAGGAGAAAGAAAUAACAUCGACUCUAGUCUUUCCAUGGCUAACGACAUCCUCGCAAUGGGUGAUGAUUCUGAAGCAAACCUUCAUAUGCAAGGAGACACUAUGAAAAGUACCAAAAAGAAGCAAAAUAAGUACAUUAAACUCCUUCCUGAGAUCAACAAGAUCCUAAAGGGCAUAAAGUGCGCUAAUCUGCGGAACAACAUUAUCAUCUCUCUGGUCUUGAGCAUCCUAAUCUCAGGGUUUAUCUACUUCACCUUCAUGAAGAAAUAGACCAAACUACUUUCCCAUUCAAUCUGAC